AUGAAUUCGGAAGAAACAAAAAUUUGGGAAAAUAGUAAUAUCAAAUUUGAUGAAGAAAAUUGUUUACUUUUGAAUAAGACAACACUUUCAUCAAUUGUAACAACAGGACAAGAAAGUGACAUUUCCGAUCAUUUAAAAAAGCAACAACAACAAAUUGUAAAUGUCGGUUCAACAUUCAAUACUGAAAAUCAGUCAACCACACAUUGGUCAAAUUUCGAUUGGACAAAAUUAACUAAUCAUGAAAUUAAAUUAUUGUUAGAGAAAUUACAUUCACUCGGUAAACUAUACGGUUGUAUUGAUUGCCAAACGUUUUAUUUGGAUAAGAAUAUGGCAAAUUAUCAUUCGAGUAAUAUGCAUGGUAAUUUCAACGAUCAAUCAUCAUCAUCAUCAUCAGUAGGCAAUUGUAAUAAAAAAUUUGAAUGUUUUCUAUGCGGUGUAGAUUUAAAUAAUCCUUUAUUAUUUUUGGAACAUUUUACACAUUGUUUAUCAUUGAAAAAAUAUAAUGGAAUAGAUUUACUGAUGACACCAACUACUACUGAGCCAUCAAUUAUUCAAUCUGAUAAUAAAACCAUUAAUGAUAAUAAUAAUAAUAAUAGUAAUAAUAAUAAUGACGAAAAGUGUAAUGAAUUGACUGAAUAUGAAGAUGAAGGCGUCAGUGAACAAUUAUUGAAUGAAACAAUACAAACUACAAAAGAUACUACUUCACAAGAAUCACAUACUGUUAAAUUAAUUACAGACAAUACUAGUGAUAAUGAUAAUAUUGAUCAUGAUCCUAUAUCGAUAAAUGUAAAAGAUCAAACAGAGAUACAAGUGAAUGGUUAUUGUAUGGAAGAUAUAAAACAAGAACAUGAACAGUGUGAUGAUAUGCAUACAUCAUCACCAUGUAGUGUAGUAUUCUCUGAUUCUGUUGAUUAA